CUGUAACCUUUUCCUAUGCCAGCUCUCUCUUCUUCCAUUUCCAUUACCGUUUCAAGGUUCAUACCCAGAGCUACCAGACGACUUCCCCUUUCUUUUCAUGCACUUCCUACGACAUCGACGACGACAGCCACAGCUCGCUCCACCACUUCCGUUUGCUUCUCCACUCUCACAAAUAUGGAUUGCACUCCAGGCCCUACUCUGUUUCCGUUGCAUCGCUGUAAAACUUUGCACCUGGUGAGACAUGCUCAAGGGAUUCACAAUGUUGAAGGUGAAAUUGACCAUAAAGCAUACCUAUCUCCAAAACUUUUUGAUGCACACCUUACCCCCUUGGGUUGGCAGCAGGUUGAUAAUUUGCGUGAGCAUGUUCACUCAUCUGGACUUGCCAAGAGCAUUGAGUUAGUUAUUACAUCCCCUCUUCUAAGGACAAUGCAAACAGCUGUUGGAGUGUUUGGUGGGGCGGGCUAUGUAGAUGGGAUGGAGGCACCUCCACUAAUGGUCUCAAAAGCUGGAAAUAGUGACCGUCCUGCAAUUUCAAGUAUAGAUUGCCCACCUUUCCUAGCCGUGGAGCUUUGUCGAGAACACUUGGGAGUUCACCCAUGUGAUAAGAGAAGAAGCAUUCGGGAGUAUCAGCCUCUUUUUCCUGCAAUUGAUUUUUCCCUGAUAGAAAGUGAUGAGGACAUUUUGUGGAAGGCCGACAUUAGAGAGACAAAAGAAGAAGUUGGAGCUAGGGGAAUGAAGUUUAUUAACUGGUUGUGGACACGAAAAGAGAAGGAGAUUGCAGUUGUUACCCAUAGUGGAUUCUUGGCUCAUACCCUAAAAAAUUUUGGAAAUGACUGUCACCCAGAGGUGAAGAAAGAGAUCUGCAAACGCUAUGCUAAUUGCGAGCUCCUCUCCGUGGUGAUCGUUGACAGAGGUAUGAAAGGAUCGGACACCUCAACAACUAAUUUUCCAGGAAUAAUUCCUCGUGGACCUGAUCUCCCCAGUGAAGUUGCUGAUGAGAAUCAGAAAGAGAUGGGAGUUCCCAAUUCUUCAGCCUAAUUGGUGGGCAAGUUAUAAGUUGAAAUCUUAUUCACCCAUGAUAGCAUUUUUGGGAAGUGGGUAUGAAGGUUCCCACUUCAUUUAGGAUAAACCGUGCUGGUUUUUUAGGCUAUGCCAAUAUAUUCUUUAAAAGAUUUUUACCAUUCAGAGAUAGUGGUAG